CACGAAUAAUGGCGGCGGCGGCAGCGGCGGAGACAGACGACAGCGGCGGCAAUUUCGAGUGUAACAUAUGCUUAGAUAUAGCUAAAGAACCAGUAAUCACACUCUGCGGGCAUCUCCAUUGUUGGCCCUGUCUUUACAAAUGGCUUCGAUCCCACUCAAUCUGCCACGAAUGCCCUGUCUGUAAAACCCUAAUUCACGAAGAAAAAUUAAUUCCUCUAUACGGCAGGGGUAAUACACCAACCGAUCCGAGAUCGAUCCCGAAUCGGCCGUUGGGGCGGCGACCGGAGACGGCGGCGCCGCCUCCGCCGCCGGCUGAGUUAUUGAGUGUCCAGUUUCGUGAGUUUUGGGGUGUGAGAGAUUUCUAUGGCGGGUUGUCGGGUUAUGGGUAUGGGUAUCCGUAUCUUGAUGGGUCGGUUCGGUUGAAUAAUGAGAGCAGUGACGUGGAGGAUCCGAAAUGUUACGGUUUUGGAACAGUAUUUUCUAUUCCGAAAAUUCCAAUUUCUGAUUUUAAGAUUUUAUGA